CAGCAUAUAAACACACUCAGCAACAUCAGCUUUCGGAAACCCAUAUUCAGGCUAUUUCAACAUAUACAAGAGAUAAACUCACAACUUCAAAAUGUCCUCCUACCUUGUCACGGGAGCUUCCAGAGGGCUUGGGUUUGAGUUCCUCCGCCAGCUAUCUAAUGACCCAGCGUCGACAGUUAUUGGCUUCAGCCGCAACAAGAAGGCCACCGAGGAGAAGGUGAAGGCUGAGCUUAACCGUGAGAACGUGCACAUUGUGGAAGCAGAUCCCUCGGAUUAUGCAGCAUUAAAGCGAGCGGUCGAAGAGACGUCCAGGCUGACUGGUGGGACACUCGACUACAUCAUCGCAAACGCAGCCUUGGUAUCAGAGUAUUCGGAGUUCAAAUCUAUUGGUACCCUAGGAGAAGAUCCCGAAAUCCUGGAAAAGGACAUCCAUGACUCGAUCCAAACCAACGUCUUGGGAACAAUUCAUCUGUUCAACCUCUUCAUCCCACUCCUCAGAAAGGGGUCCGCGAAGAAAGCCAUAGCUAUCUCGACGGGUAUGGCAGAUGUAGAGCUCAUCAGAAAUUAUGAUGUAGGCAUCGCUGGUCCUUACGCCCUCAGCAAGGCUGCCCUGAACGUAGCAGUGGCCAAAUUCAGCGCUCAGUAUCGCAAGGAAGGCAUUCUCUUCAUGUCCAUCUCACCUGGCUUUGUUGACACAGGCAAGACCCCGCAGCCAACUGAGGAAGAAUUGAAGGGUAUCCAAGCAAUGGGGGCGGCAUUUGCAACCUAUGCGCCGAAUUUCACCGGGCCCAUAAGUUCCGAGGAAUCGGCCAAGGCGGUGUUAUCUGUCAUUAAGAAGGCAAGCGUUGAGAAUGGCGACGGAGGUUCAUUCGUUUCUCACUUUGGUGACAAGCAGUGGCUCUGAUCGUGCCUAUUGAGUGUAUUUAGGAACUACACGGAGGGGUAAUUGUACCAUCCAGCCGGAUAUAGCUGAGCAUGGGACAAUACAAGAAAGAGCCUGGAAGCAUGUACAUUGGAC